AUGGACGUUUCUGCCCAUCAGCGAGUUGCGUCAACAAAGCGGUUCAUUGAGAAUGAGGAUAUUCCCUUGUUGGCUAUAGACGGUAUUGUUGGAGGAGAUAUGAAGUUACGUCCUAAGCCGAGUAGAGAUGGUGUGGAGUUUUUAUUGGAGAAAUGGCAGUGUAGAGAUCCUCGACAAGCUAUGAUAGUUGGUGAUCACCCUAUGGAUAUGGAAGUUGGUAAAGGAUUAGGUUGGCGUGUUGGUGUGUAUGGUACUGGUCUCAGCACAGCAGAGUCGUUGGUGGCUGCUGGGGCUACUGAUCUUAUCAUAGAUGUUUCUAAGUUGAUCGAUUGUGUGAUAAAACGACGCAGUGACUAA